AUGGUCUCCUUCGGCGCCGUGCAGUUCCCGAUACCCAUCAUCGGAAUCAUCUGCUCGCCGAUUAUUUUCGUCAUGCUAUCUGCGCGUGUGGGAAUGGUGCCCGCCAUCUUGUGCGCAGCGUGGCUCCUUUUAAUCGUUCUGUUACCCAUUCCGAUAUCAAGGAUUCAGAAGGCUUUGUGGAGCAAGCUCAUGCAAGCUAGGGACGAGAGGCUCAAGCGCAUGGCGGAUCUCCUGUCUUCUGUGAGACUAGUGAAGAUGUACGCCUGGGAAGACGCUUACAUGGGCGCCGUGACAGAGGUCCGAGAAAAAGAAAUGGCUCCCGUAUUGCGGGUCAACUUACUCGAUGGUGUCAUCGACUCUUUGUACAGCGCGUCCACCUCUGUGAUGACCAUCAUACUUUUCGGAGCCUUGACCGCCAUGAACCCGGCCCGCGUGCUAAAUCCUGCGCUGUCAUUCUCCUGUAUCUAUAUGCUGUCUUUGACGGACAUGGUGACGAACUCGGCCUCCUUGACUCUCCGGAUGCGCAGUCUGAUGUCUCUCAGCAUGCGAAGAAUCCUGAAGUUCUCCAUUGCCGAAGAACAGGAGACUCCACCAACCCACAGCAUGCGUCGCACUCAAAGGAAAGGCGAAGUUGUCUUGGAAAAAUGCUCCUUCGCCUGGACCAAUGGUCAGGGACUCAAGGGCCAAGCUGUGCUCAGCGGGAUUUCAAUGGACGUCCAGCCAGGUGCCCUGGUCGGCAUCACCGGGUUCGUGGGAAGCGGAAAGUCAUCCCUCCUUGCAGCCAUCUUGGGAGACAUGCACCGCCUUGAGGGAAACGUCAGAAUCACCGGGAAGAUUGGAUAUGUUCCCCAGGUGGCCUGCAUUUACAACAUGACCGUUCGAGACAACAUAGUGUUCGGUAAGGAGUUCGACCCUGUCCGCUAUGGCCGAGUGCUCCGAGCCUGUGAACUUCUUAACGACAUCAAUACAUUCCCUGCUGGCGACCUGACGGAAGUUGGAGAAAAAGGUGAAACGUUGAGCGGUGGUCAGAAGCAACGAAUCUCGCUUGCCAGAGCGGCGUACAGUAGCUGCGAGAUUUACCUUCUUGACGACCCACUCAGCGCCUUGGACCCCAACGUCGCAGCCAAUGUAUUCAAGCAAGUGUUGGGGUGCAACGGCCUCCUUAAAGACAAGACCCGAAUUAUGGUCAGCAACCAAGGCAACCUGUUAAAACACAUGAGCCUACUGAUGCUGAUGGACAGGAACACCAUGAGCGUCUACCACAGCCUCGAAGAACUGCUCCGAGAUGAACGAGCUCCCAAGACCCUGAGCAUCGGGAUGGCGGACCAGGGCCACAGUGAACCCACUGAUUACGAGUGA